CCAAACGAUAUUCGCCAUGUCUAUUCCCGACGAAAGGAUCUUUCCUCAUGCGACCGGCACGGCAGCCAAGACGGUUGAGAAGCGUCAGGAGCCGCAGGACCUCGUGUUCUACUCUGGUUGGUUCUGCCCGUUCGUGCAGAGGGCUUGGAUUGCCCUUGAAGAGCGCGGGAUUCCAUACCAGUACAAAGAGGUGAACCCGUAUAAGAAGGAAAGGCACUUCCUCGAUAUUAACCCCAAAGGCCUUGUCCCCGCUGUCGAGUAUAAGGGUAAAGCUUUAUACGAGUCGCUCGUCCUCUGUGAGUUCCUCGAGGAUGCGUACCCUACGUAUAAGCCCAAUCUCCUCCCGUCUGAUCCAUUCGAGCGGAAUUAUGCACGCAUCUGGCUCGACUACAUCUCCAAAUCUAUUGUCCCUGCCUUUUUCCGCCUCAUUCAGGCGCAGACGUCCGAGAAGCGGCAGGAGGCCCUCGCAGAAUGGAACAAGGCCCUAACGCAGUUCGCGGAGAAGAUCAAGGGGCCGUAUUUCCUCGGCGAGGAAUUUAGCCUCGUCGAUGUCGCCAUUGUGCCGUGGAUCGUCAGGGAUUACAUCGUCGCUGAGAACAGAGGGUUCAAGCGCGACGACGUCGGAAGUAAGUGGAUCGAGUACGCGGCGAGGCUGGAGAAGAGGGACAGCGUCAGCAAGACCAGUAGUGAUAAAGAGCACUAUGCUGAGAUAUAUGGUCGAUAUCUCCGCGACGAAGCUCAAAGCGAAGCCGCCAAAGCUACCCGAGCAGGCCGUGCGAUCCCUUGAAAUUAAUUGCGUAUAGGAAGGAGCAAAGCGUAUCAGUGUACUUAUGGUGUACGCCGACCCCGCACAAUAUAUACAGGACCAACUGAGUAGUGGAAUUUGGUUGACGAUAUAGGCUAUCGUAAUGGUCUCGGAAGGAGCUCUUCAUGGACGUUGAAGUAUCUCUGAAUUUUACCCAUUUGUCGGCACGUACCCGAGCCAUUCUCGUCCCACUGUACGAUCCACCGACCAAUGACUUGACGUGACUGAUCGAGCGUCUCCGCGACGGUCUCUUCCCGAGGAAGGUUACCCUUUGCCUUCUCCACUGUAGCCUCGGUGGAAGGCAGUUGAAAUGCUUCCGCAAGUUCCCACUUAGCGAAUGGUCGACUGGUGGGCACCAAGAAGGCCGUGUCGUAGACACGGGUGAUUUGCUUGCGCAGAGUCAGAGUAGUGGUAACAAGCUCUACGCCAGUAGGUUCUUUGCCGACAACCUUGCUGGGCGUAGCCGAUACAUCGUCUGGACGGAACCAGUGCAGCUGGGUUACGUAUGGCCGACCGCACCACACGACAAGUGUGGUAGACACGCCACUCGUGGCGAGAACAGUCCCGGCCAGUGCGAUUCGCGCGACUAGCGGCACCGCGGAUGUUGUCUCAAUCAGAAAGAGGAAUGGUGUCAUCACGGUCGACAGCGCGAGUGAAGAAACGGAGAAGAUUUUGAGGCGACGGAACGUCUGUGCCAGCGGGCCAUAAUAGAUCUGCUCUGCAGGAGGCUCCUCGGGCUUCGCGCGCGACGGCACGGAGGCAGCUUCCGCUUGCUGAUCAUUGCGCCUCACGGCCGAAGUCCGCAGCUGGCGUAGCAUUGGGCGGGACCACUUGGGCUCAUUGUUGAGGAGGACGACCGUGCGGCACGGCAGGGCACACAGUCGCCGCUGUGUGAGCGAAAGCAAGGGGCGUUGAGGGACGCGAAGGGUGCU